AUGUUUCACCUCACCCCCGAUCCCGUCGACACUCUGGUAGACAACCACGAUGCGCAUGCGCUGAGCACACCUCCCCCGGUGGAUGCUCUGACACGCUGUGCGAGGCUCCUGAGUACGAGGUGUCCAGCCUGCUUUGGAGGAGCAGCGUUCGGACGGUCGUUUGAUGAGGGAGCGGACAUACAUGUCGCACUGGAUGCGACAUUCAGCCAACGUCACAGCAUGCAUGCGGGCGACUCGCCGCACUUCUAUGAACCCGAGUUCUUCAUCCCUAAGGCUCAGGUCGACGAAUGCGGCCGGCGCAUCAUUGCAGCACGCAAGAAGCCUCCACGACCCUCAUGCGCUCCAAAGGUGCCUGCGCACAUCGUCGAUGAGUGCGAGAAGUCGUACAAGGCCGCGGACGAGAAGAAAGUCAAGACAAGUGCGAAUCGAUUCGACGAUACCGGCGUGAUGGCCCUAAUCUGCCGUCACAACAUACCCAUUUUCCUAGCUAACGUAGAUACUCCAGGCGAGCAACAGAAAUAUGCGAUUGCGCUCCUCGAGCAUCUCUUUACAUUCCUCCCCCCCAAUGCGACUGUUGCGGCACUGUACGACAUUGGCUGUGUUGUCGAUCGCAGCCUCGAACUGUACAACAUCCUACCUGUUGAUAUCCACCAACGACUCAUAUUCGCCAUCUCCACAAUGCACGCGUACGGCCAUCAAUGGGCCUGUCAGAUCGUCUACAACCCCCGUUUACGCGAAGGCCUCGGGCUCACCGAUGGUGAGGGCAUUGAGAGGCUCUGGUCGAGGCUCUGUAAGCUCAUUCCCAUCACACGCUCGUCUGCGGCCAAGGUUAUCAGCCUUGAUCUGCGUGACGAUCUGGGCCACUGGAUCGCCCAACGCCUACGCCAUGGAGUGGAAUCAAGGGAGGCGUCGUCUCUUGAAGAGCUGGCGCGAGUAGGUAUUCCCAAGGAGGAGCUACGAGACGAAUGGAAGCAGCAAUGCGUAGCGCAGACAUCUAUCAGAGCGCAUGCUCCAGCGCAUCUCAAGAAGGAGCUGGACGUUGUGUUGAGCCUGCAGGCUGACCUUGACACUGUCAACAAGGCUAUCGAAACAACACGGACAGUCCUUGAAAAUGGUGAAGCGUCUGCCGAGUCCCAUGAAGUCAUCGCGAGACUCGAACGAUCACAUACACGCCUGGUUGAUAAGGUAGAGGCCCUAUACUCAUCGCUCAACAUCACGGACAGCUUCCCAGACUUCAGAAACAUCAGCCUCGAGUUCGUGAGGCUGCUACUAAUGGCACACGACCUGAAGAUCAACAUUCGCAAGCGCGCAGUGGGGAGCUUCUUUGAAUGGGAUCGGCUGGACCAAGCGGUCGGUGGACGGCACAACCCUCUAGGCACCAAGAUCCAUCAGCAGACCCGCAAAGCAAUUGCGAAGCGUACGCCCGCCCUCAAGACAGCGAUCCGCAAGUUCAAUCACUAUUGCGAGACCCUCAAAGAACUCAAACAGCCGGAGUGGACCAUCACCGUACCCCUUCCACUUCCCACUGACCUCGACGCCCUCCGCGACGACGCCAGCCUCCUCGCCGAUGUCUGGAUUGACCCCUCACAAGCUCAAGCCCCCCGAUGGCUCGAAGACGUCGACGUCCGCAAGGGUAUUCGCGUGCUCCUACUUGGAGACCAUUGUCUAGAGGAGCGGCACCGCUUAGGAAGAGAGGCAGACAACAUCUGUCGUUGGUAUGGUAGUGAGCUUGCGGCCGCCAAACUGGCAUUGGCGACAUCAUCCAAUGCGGAUAUCGCGUUUCUGCUACAGCAACGCGUCUGCGAGCUUCUGCUCCUACCUGCCAAAUGGAAGAACCCACUGGUCUCACCUCAACGAUUUGACGCACAGACCACACUCGCGUCCGAGACGGUCAACAGCGCCCUCGGCGAUCCUCAAGUGUAUGCAUGGCCGUUCGUCAUCGAGACUCCCCUCCCUUACAUCAUCCAUCAAGAUGAUACAGACCCCUAUGGGCGUCUGGAGGAGGAGGAACUGUCAUACCUCGAGGCAGAACAGCAUCUGGUGGAGGACGUCUUCCUGGACGACGCUAGUGGCGACGAGGGGCCCCCUGAGGAUGCAAGGUCCGAGGCAUCUGUCAUGACAAUAACCAUGACAUGGGAGACUCCAAUCCAUGUCUCCAUUGAUGACGCUCCCCACUUCCUGCAAGCCACGGCCCCGGUCCUCUUGCAAUUGUUGCAAAGCAACGUCCACCUCGAUGUGUCAAACAUGAGUCGCCUGCAGAACCGGAGUGCGUGGAUGAAUGAUAGCUGCAUCAACGCAUGCAUGCAGCUCCUCCAACUCGUCUUCCUGGGUCCAGGAGGUGAGCGGGUGGCACUCCUGUCCACAUACAUGCUCCCCCUAGUGCGCGCAGAUGCCGGCGAUGCGACCCUCUGGCGCAAUGCGGCAAGCACACGUUUCUGGGAGAAGGAUGUAUGGACAAUCCCGAUCCACUACAAGGACCAUUGGAUGCUGGCGACCAUUGACAUUCCCCGGUCGCGCGUCGCCUACUUCGACAGUUUUGCCCGGGAGCAUCCAUGGGAGGGUCAUAUUCAGGAUGUCAUGCAGCUCACCGCGCGCCUGCUCAAUAUUGCAGCAGAUAAGGGUCAUUGCAUUGUCCACGCGCAACGUGCAUGGGCCGUGUAUCCGACCACGACAGCAGCACGUCAGCACAACACAUAUGACUGCGGCGUAUGGAUACUGGCCGUCAUCGCGGCAGUUUUGCGUGGGUAUGACAUGACGGGGUUCGAGGAGGCAGACAUAGGCCGUUUCCGCAUAUUCCUGUUCACGCUAGCACGCGCUGUAUCCACGUAA